CCUUGGCUGCUCUUAAGCCCGCGCCGUGCGCGCCACCGGUUGGGUCAUCCGCUCUGUGCGCUCCGGCUCCGCCGUAGUCCGCUCAGUCCUCUCCGAGCGCUUCGGUACCCACGCAGUCCACUCAGUCCGCACUCCGCUCCCGUCCCGGGCCCACGUCUGGCCCGUUGCUCUUCGGGGUCUCCGCGUCUCGCGAGAAGUCCUCGCCGCAGGCCUCCGGCUCCCGGGCUCAGGGGCGGAUGGGGGACCACGGAGUGAGGCCGGGGCGUCUGAUGCCGGUGCUCGCCCUGCUGUCAUGGGCGGCCGGCCUGGGUGUGGCGGAGGAGACGCCCUUGCGCAUCCCUACAGAUAAAUUAUUAGUCAUAACUGUAGCAACAAAAGAAAAUGAUGGAUUCCACAGAUUUAUGAAUUCAGCCAAGUAUUUCAAUUAUACUGUGAAGGUUCUUGGUCAAGGGCAAGAGUGGAGAGGUGGUGAUGGAAUGAACAGUAUCGGAGGUGGGCAGAAGGUGAGGUUAAUGAAAGAAGCCAUGGAGCACUACGCUGGGCAGGAUGAUCUGGUCAUCUUGUUUACUGAAUGUUUUGAUGUUGUAUUUGCUGGUGGGCCUGAAGAAGUUCUUAAAAAGUUUCAAAAGACAAAUCAUAAAAUCGUCUUUGCAGCGGACGGGCUGCUGUGGCCAGAUAAGCGGCUGGCAGACAAGUACCCUGUGGUGCACAUUGGGAAACGCUACCUGAACUCUGGAGGCUUUAUCGGCUAUGCUCCGUACAUCAGCCGUCUGGUCCAGCAGUGGAAUCUGCAGGAUAAUGAUGAUGACCAGCUCUUUUACACUAAAAUUUACAUCGACCCACUGAAGAGGGAAGCUUUUAACAUCACACUGGAUCACAAGUGCAAAAUUUUCCAGGCUUUGAAUGGAGCUACAGAUGAGGUUGUUUUAAAGUUUGAAAAUGGUAAAAGCAGAGUGAAGAAUACAUUUUAUGAAACACUGCCAGUGGCAAUUAAUGGAAACGGGCCCACCAAGCUUCUCCUGAAUUACUUUGGAAACUACGUUCCAAAUUCAUGGACACAGGAAAAUGGCUGUGCGCUUUGUGACGUUGACACAAUUGACUUGUCUACUCUAGCUGUCCAUCCAAAGGUAACACUAGGUGUUUUUAUUGAACAACCAACUCCCUUUCUACCUCGGUUCCUGAACUUACUGUUAACACUGGAUUAUCCCAAAGAAGCACUUCAGCUCUUUAUUCAUAAUAAAGAAGUUUACCAUGAAAAGGACAUCAAAGUGUUUGUUGAUAAAGCUAAGCAUGACAUCAGCUCUAUAAAAAUAGUAGGACCAGAGGAAAACCUAAGUCAAGCGGAAGCCAGGAACAUGGGCAUGGAUUUCUGCCGUCAGGAUGAACAGUGUGAUUACUACUUUAGUGUGGAUGCAGAUGUUGUUUUGACAAACCCAAGAACCUUAAAAAUUUUGAUUGAACAAAACAGGAAGAUCAUUGCUCCUCUUGUGACACGUCAUGGAAAAUUGUGGUCCAACUUCUGGGGAGCACUGAGUCCUGAUGGGUACUAUGCUCGCUCUGAAGAUUACGUGGAUAUUGUUCAGGGAAACAGAGUAGGAAUCUGGAAUGUUCCAUACAUGGCUAAUGUGUACUUAAUUCAAGGAAAGACACUCCGAUCAGAGAUGAACGAAAGGAACUAUUUUGUCCGUGAUAAACUGGAUCCUGAUAUGGCACUUUGCCGCAACGCUAGAGAUAUGACCUUACAAAGGGAAAAAGACUCCCCUACUCCGGAAACAUUCCAAAUGCUGAGCCCCCCAAAGGGUGUGUUUAUGUACAUUUCUAACAGACAUGAGUUUGGACGGCUGUUAUCAACUGCUAAUUACAACACUUCCCAUUUCAACAAUGACCUCUGGCAGAUUUUUGAAAACCCCGUGGAUUGGAAGGAAAAAUAUAUAAACCGUGAUUAUUCAAAGAUUUUUACUGAAAAUAUAGUCGAACAGCCUUGUCCAGAUGUCUUCUGGUUUCCCAUAUUUUCGGAACAAGCCUGUGAUGAGUUGGUAGAAGAAAUGGAGCAUUAUGGCAAGUGGUCCGGGGGAAAGCAUCACGAUAGCCGUAUAUCUGGUGGUUAUGAAAAUGUCCCAACUGAUGAUAUUCAUAUGAAGCAGAUCGAUCUGGAGAACGUUUGGCUUCACUUUAUCCGUGAGUUCAUUGCUCCCGUCACACUGAAGGUCUUCGCAGGAUAUUAUACAAAGGGAUUUGCACUGCUAAACUUUGUAGUAAAGUACUCACCUGAAAGGCAACGCUCACUCCGUCCCCACCAUGAUGCCUCAACAUUUACCAUCAACAUUGCUCUGAAUAACGUAGGAGAGGAUUUUCAGGGAGGUGGAUGCAAAUUUCUAAGGUAUAAUUGCUCCAUUGAGUCCCCACGAAAAGGCUGGAGCUUCAUGCAUCCUGGGAGGCUUACACAUUUGCACGAAGGACUUCCUGUUAAAAAUGGAACAAGAUACAUUGCGGUGUCGUUUAUAGAUCCCUAAGUUCUUUACGUAACGUAAACUGAAUGGCUCUUUGAGAUGGAUGACUGAUGUGAACAUGUCUCUGAAGUUGAACUUGAGAAGACAAGAGGAAUAUUUAAAUAAUGUCAACAGAACAAAGUCACUUUGGGCCAAGCAUUUGAGAACUUUUUGUGUAAAAUUGUGUGAUGUCUCUUAAUGUCUGCUCUGAGCCUUAAAACACAGGUUGAAGAAGAAAAGAAAGGAAAAAAAGUGAAAGUUGGUAUUUAUUUCUGUGCUUUGUCUUUGAAAAUAAUGGCAGUUUAUAAAAUGUUUAGGUACAAAGGCCUAAAUGAUAAGUAAGCCUGGUAAUAUUUUCUUAUUUAAGAAGAACCUGAGAAGAUUUUAUUUAUCGGUGGGGAAAUACAGAAAAUGUUUCUAAAUGAAAAUCAGCAAAUGUGGAAGCCCGAGAUUCUGAUGCUUACUGAAUUUAUAUGUAAUUAUUAAGCUACGUUGACCUCUGUGUAGGUCUGUUUUUCAGUAAUUAGGAAGAAAACCCAAAGAAAAUAUUGCACAAAGGUUUUCCUCAAGAAACCCAGUGCAGCUAGCGAAUGGUAGCGUAGCCAUUGGAAAGAAACUUAGCGUGUGAGGCGGAUGUUCAUUUCUGUUGGGAAUUGGGCCCCUGCGUUCCUCCAGGGCAAGCUCUCAGGGGAAGCUCAUGUCUUUCUGCUUUAUGAAGUCCUUCAAGCAUCAACUCCAAGUGUCCUUAUGUCGAGCAGGCUUUGUUUCCUUCUGGGUUUUUUCCCCCUAACUAUAGAAAAUAGUAAGGAAAAAUAACAGUUUCUUUGAGAUUAGUAGUAAAUUUUACUAUGUUUUUUUUUAAAAGCUUAAGUACUUGAAUUUUAUAUCAGGAAAAUAGUUUUUGAGCCUGUUCCUUACCUUUGACCGUAGUUGGUAGUUGGUCUCUUUUUUUUUUCUUGGGGGAGGGGCUUUACUUUUCCUCCUCAUAAUCUAUUUUUUCAUUCUUAGUCUCCUUAUUGCUUUACCUCUAUCCUACUUUUUAAAAAUUCCCACAGCAAAAUUUUUUAUUUCAAUUUUUAAUAUUUCUCUGAAUGAGGUUUAAAUAUCUUUAUUACAGCUACUGUUUUUAAUUUAAAGGUUAAACUUGAAGAAAGUCUUUAUUCACGGUGCCAAAAUUCAUUUUUCUAACUCUGUGUGUUAGAAAAUAAUGAAAAAUAUAAUAAUUUAAAAUAAACAUUGUGCUUUUCUGU